AUGCCUUAUUACUGCACUGUACCGCGGUGUACAUCCAUGGCCGGCAAGGCAAAAAAUGUAUCGUUUCAUCAAUUCCCAAGAGAUGAAGAAUUAGCUAAAUUGUGGAAUAAAAUACUAAAAAGAGGGAAGCCGUAUACGAAAUACUCGAAAGUCUGCAGUCUACACUUCAGGCCCGAAGACUACACAAUUACGAGUGUCGGUAAAAACAAAGGGCAAUGGAGAACUCUCCGCAAAGAUGCAAUUCCAUCUCAAAACCUGCCAUCAGAGUCUCCUGUACCCACACCGCGACGGAGCUCAGGAGCAUGGGUUCCGAGUAACGUACCUGGCAUUGUUGAUCCAAGAAUGCAGCAGCAAAUGGCUCAGGCUAUAUAUCUCCAAACAAUGCUAGCAAUGCAAACGGCUAACGGAUCUCGACUACCUCCACCACUAGAUGCAAAAAUCCCCACCAAUCUACCAACCCCAUCGAUAUCAGACCUAGAACAAUUAUUGCAAACACGAAAAACCGAAAAGGAAAUAAACACCAACACAGAAAAUCAAGAAUUAAAUCUAAAAAAUCAAAACAUGUCUUACAAAUGCACAGAGUGUUCAAAAUGUUUCAAAGACCCGGAUGUUUUUGUUCUACACAAAAGAACACAUGGCAGUAAGAGAGAGGUCGAAAAUGCAAAUUUAGCUAGAGGAAGUGAGAAGGAAAACAUCGACGCUAAUAAUGACUAUUCAAGUCAAGAAACUCUAAGAGCUAAUCCUAUAUUGGCUAAUUUAUUAAAAUCAGGUGUGCCUCCAACGAAUUUGCUUUCAAAUUUACCAGAAAUGUCUAUGCCUAAUGUUUUUGAUGCGAAUAACGUAUUGAGUAUAGAAAAUCAAAUAAUGACAACUUUAGCCGCGAAUAUGGAGAAUUAUAUUAGAAAUUUAUCAAAUUUACUUUCUGUGCAAGCGAAAAAUGGGGAAGACAUUGAUCCGAAUAAUUCUGAUGAAGAAGAUCAUGAUUCUGAUCAAGAACAGGUUAAUUCUGACCAAGAACGGCAUAAUUCUGACCAAGAUCUGCAUAAUUCUGAUCAAGAACUGCAUGAUUCUGAUCCAGAACAACGUGAUUCUGACCCAGAACACCAUAAUUCUGAUCAAGAACAGCAUAAUAGUGAUGAACACACUCAUAAUUUAUUUCAAGGUGAUCGCAAUUCUGACAUAUGUGAUGAAAACAGUGAUUUUGAUAAUGAUUAUUUAAAUGAGAAAGUCUCCAAUAGUAAAUAUAAUGAUGUGAUGGAUAGAAAUAAUGAUUUCGUCAGAAACGGUCAUAUUUCAGAUCAUAGUGUUCAAGAUAGUGGGGAUAUUGACAUUAGUAAUCAGAGUACCAAACUAAAUGAUCAGACUUUUGACAAUAAUUAUCAAAACUACCAUCAAGCAGAUCAAAAUUCUGGUCAGUCUUACAGUCAGAAUUACAGUCAUGAUUUCCAAAAUUAUGACAAUAAUAGCCAAAAUUAUCAUCAAGAUGAGAACAAUUCUCUUAAAGACGUUCAGAGUUUUGACAGUGACUGUCAGAAUUGCCAUCAAGAUACCUGUAAUUCUGACAAUGAUUGUCAGAAUCAUAAUCAGAAUUGUAAUGAUAAUCAGAAUUUUGACAAAAUAGGUCAAAUGUUAGAAACUAAGGGUUCCAUAUUAAAUGAACCCAGCUGUGAUAAAUAAGACUUAAAUCGAUCGAAAGACUCUUAAUCAUAGACAAAACUGUGUAUUUUUUCUUCUAGUAGGGUAAGUUUUUUUUUAUUAUGUGGCUCAAUUAUGAAGAUUGUUACCGUUACUUUCCGUGCUGAAACUCGUAAACGAAAUCAAAACAAAUGAUGUCGACUAAAUGGCACUAAAAACCCGCGGAGUUGUUGCAAGUAGUAUCGGUUUAUAUCGUUAGAUGGCGCUGUACUUGAAAUCGUCAUAUUGAAGUCUGCCAUCAGAAAUCACCGAUCAAAUUCAUGUCUUAAUAAACGUAAUAAACACACGUCUUCCUUAAUCUUCAUGUUGGCGAAAUAAUCUAUUGCAUCGAUGAAGCUAUAUCACUUGAUAAAAAGCACUACUACCCAAUCGUAGAGCUGAGAUUCUAUUGAAUAUAAAAAUCUUGAGUUUGCUCUUUGUAAAUUGAUACUGUUCGAACCAACCUAAACUUAAUGGAUCACUCCCAUGGGUUUUCGUCGCCUAAAUAAGCAGAAAUUGUACAAUAACCUUAUGUAUAUAGCGUUUUUUCCACAAAUGGCGAAUUUACGGUUUUCAGUACGGCGAUUAACAGAGACGUGGUUUAUUUGUCCACAUUAAUACUAAGCGACUUCAGCGCUGUGAACUCAUGGCAGACACUAAAGACAACGUUUUUAGUUGCUCAUAAACCUCUUAAGGGUUGGAUCUUAUUUGUCCGCUUAUACUAACAUUGUAUUUUACAUGAGGUAUCUUCAAUGGCUUUAACAAGUUUUAGCAUCGACCAUGCUGACGAAAUCCCAUAUAAAACACUGGUUUAGUAAUGACGUAGUAGUAAGAGAGUCACUACGCUUAUCGACAUUAUCGCAUUAAGUCGGUUAGAAAAACUUUUAUGUCCAUAUAAUAAUACUCAGGACGCACAGAGGUGGUAGCGGGUGCGUUUCUCGCGCGGAAAUUUUUGUAAUGUACGAGUUCAUAUGAGGCGGCUGCGAGUUGUAUUCCAUUGAGUUCUAUACAACCGUCCACACUUUAGCUGGCUUUCGUGGUCUAUUUUUUCAUAACUCUUGAGUAUGUUUUAUUGAGUUCCAAUAUGAAUUAGUCAUUCAUCAUUACCCGACAGCGAUGUGGUUUAUUGUUUAAAAUCUGUUUUGAAAAUGAAACGUGGCCGCUUUUGGUGUCACACUGGUCGCCUUCGGGCCGCUAUUCCGCCUCAAACAAGCUAGGAACUGCUGUGUAGUACUCCCCAGUACGCCCCCCGACCGCUUUAACCGUGUGUGGUCUGGGCUUAAGGAUGAAAAAGACGUUUGUCCGAAGAGAGUUGUCGCAUUGGCUCGUAAGACGCGUCUCGACUGAAAUUCAAAUGAUCUCAUCGAGAUUGCCGAAUGAGUCCGAAGGUCAUAUUUUAUAUACCCCCGAUCCGAAACCAUGGCGAACGGCGGCUCUGAUGCUCAAGGUCUCAUCAAGGGCGAAUCGGCUUAAUGCGACGAAUUGUGGUAAAACAUGGACGCCUCAAACCGAUUCUACGUCUAUAAGUGUAGUGACU